AAAGGAAAAAACUGGUAGUCUCUGACUUCACGUUAGGAAUGACAGAGAUGUUGAUAUAUUAACUGCAAGCUCCUGCAGUUGUGGUAAUGUUGGCUAGUUUCCCCAACGUUUAUAUACGCUGUCUCAUGUGGUGGUUGAUGUGAAGCCAUGAGUGAAUUCAGGAUCCAUCACGAUGUCAACGAAUUGCUCAGCCUCCUUCAUGUCCGAGGAGGUGAUGGGGCUGAAGUGUAUAUUGAUUUACUGCAGAAGAACAGAACCCCAUAUGUCACCACUACAGUGUCUGCACACAGUGCUAAGGUUAAGAUUGCAGAGCACUCUAAAACACCGGAAGACUUUUUGAGGAAAUAUGAAGAGCUGAAGUCAAAAAAUGCACGCAACUUGGACCCCCUUGUUUAUCUCCUUUCAAAGCUCACUGAAGAUAAAGAGACUCUGAAAUGUCUGCAACAGAAUGCCAAGGAGAGAUCAGAGAUGUCUGCAAAUGUAACAUCAAGCAGCACAACGUCCUUCAGUAUUCCUGCAACCAGUACCAAGAUGUCAAUGCAAGAGUUGGAGGAGCUGCGGAAGAAGCUUGGGAAUGUCACAGCCAGUGCCAGUGUUCCACAGUCUGCUGAAGUUAUUCGUAAGAUGCUAAGAGACAGACACAACAAGAAGAAUCCCACACAGCCUAUUCCGGUGUUUCCAAACUGGGUGUAUGAUAGACCAGCAUUGAUUGGAGACUUUAUCACCAGCCCUACACCAAUGGGGGAUCCAGUGGUGGCAAUUGGGACAAUGCCGCUGCCUGUCCAGGAGCAGGCUCUGGUUGAAGACUUGCUGUAUGUGCUCGUUGGUGUGGAUGGAAGAGACGUCACAGCCCAGCCUGUGCUUGGCAGGCAGAGUCGCUCUUUUAUAGUAGACCCUUCUCUGGACAUGUCUAUUAAGGAACUUGUGAACCGUAUACUGCCAGUGGCUUCGUGUUACUCUACUAUCACACGGUUCACUGAGGAGAAAUCUUCCUUUGAGUAUGGUCAGGUGAACCACGCACUCACUGCUGCGAUGAGGACUUUAAUGAAGGAGUAUCUCAUUCUGGUGACCCAGUUGGAGCACCUGCACAGACAAGGCAUGCUCUCCCUGCAGAAGCUUUGGUUCUACAUCCAGCCCACCAUGCGCACCAUUGAGGUCCUGGCCUCCAUUGCCACUUCAGUAGAGAAAGGAGAAUGCAUGGGGGGCUCAACAUUAAGUCUGCUUCACGACCGCACCUUCAACUACACUGGGGACAGCCAGGCCCAAGAGCUGUGCCUCUAUCUCACCAAAGCAGCCAGCGUUCCGUACUUUGAAAUCCUGGAGAAGUGGAUCUAUCGGGGAAUCAUCAAAGAUCCGUACAGUGAAUUCAUGGUUGAAGAACAUGAGCUUCAGAAGGAGAAGAUCCAGGAGGAUUAUAAUGAUAAAUAUUGGGAUCAAAGAUACACCAUUGUGCAGCACAAAAUCCCAUCUUUCCUUCAAAAAAUGGCAGAUAAAAUACUCAGCACGGGAAAGUACUUGAAUGUUGUAAGAGAAUGUGGACGCGAUGUGACCUGUCCAGAUGCUAAAGAGGUUCUCUACACAUUGAAAGAGAGAGCAUAUGUGGAACAAAUUGAAAAAGCCUACAACUAUGCCAGUAAAGUCCUUCUGGACUUUCUUAUGGAGGAGAAGGAGCUGGUGUCACGACUGAGGUCCAUCAAGCACUAUUUUUUAAUGGACAAGGGAGACUUCUUUGUGCACUUCAUGGACCUGACGGAAGAGGAGCUGAAGAAGCCUGUUGAUGACAUCAUCCCUCCUCGGUUAGAGGCUUUGCUGGAGCUAGCUCUGAGAAUGAGCACAGCCAACACAGACCCCUUCAAAGAUGAUCUAAAGAUCGACCUGAUGCCCCACGAUGUCAUUACUCAGCUGUUGCGGGUGCUGGCCAUAGAGACAAAGCAGGAAAAGGCCAUCAUCAGUGCCGACCCCACUGAUGUGGCUCUCAGUGGCCUGGAAGCUUUCUCUUUUGACUACAUUGUCAAAUGGCCACUGUCACUUAUAAUCAACAGGAAAGCUCUAACAAGAUACCAGAUGCUCUUCAGGCACCUGUUUUACUGCAAGCAUGUCGAGAGGCUGCUGUGCAAUGUAUGGAUCAGCAACAAGUCAGCCAAGCAGUACUCAUUGCACUCUGCUAAGUGGUUUGCUGGUGCCUUCGCUCUCAGGCAGCGCAUGCUGAACUUUGUGCAAAACAUCCAGUACUAUAUGAUGUUUGAAGUCAUGGAGCCCACAUGGCACAUCAUGGAGAAUAACCUGAAAUUGGCCUCCAACAUUGAUGAUGUGCUUUGCCAUCACACCAGUUUUUUGGAUAACUGUCUGAAAGACUGCAUGCUGACCAACCCUGAGCUCCUGAAGAUUUUCUCCAAGCUCAUGUCUGUCUGUGUCAUGUUCACCAACUGCAUGCAGCGAUUCACCCAAAGCAUGAGAAUGGAUGGUGAGAUGAACUAUCUAACUUUAGAACAUGGAACCAUGGAGGGCCCUCCAACUCAAAGCGAACGCACCGAGGAGGCUGAAAAGAAAAAACUUACUUCCAAGUUCUUAGCUGAGCAUGUAGAUUUCCUGCAGUCAGACUCCAGCUUUGAGGGCACAAUCAGUAAGUUUGACAGUAAUUUCAGCACGCUGUUGUUGGACCUGUUGGACAAGCUGAGCAUUUACAGCACUAAUGACUGUGAGCACAGCAUGAUCAACAUCAUCUACAGGUUGGACUUUAAUGGUUUCUACACUGACAGACUGGAGCGCAUGGCCGUUGAGAGGAGCCAGAAGGCUGCUGCAUAACGCUGAGGACCUUCAUGACAGCUUAUCCUUAUGAUAAUGUUAAUAAUUACUGUAUAUCUAUAAUAGACUUAAAUGCUUAAUGUUAUAAAACCACUUUUUUACUAUUUAGUAAAAAUAAUCGUUCAGCUGCUUGACAGUUUGAUGCGUUUUUGUCUUUCCACAAAAUAUGUAGCAGUAAUUAUGUUGUACCUUAAGCAAUUCUCACAGAAAAAAAUACUAACUCAUAAUAUCUUUAGCACUGUUUGUAUUGUGUAUUUUUUAAUUUGUAAAGUCCUGUUAUGUUAGGGUUUUGUACAAUGGUGUUCUGCCUUUUAAUUGUCAGCCAUAUGAACAUCAGUGACAAAUUUGAUGGCAGUUUUCAGAGAAGUUAUUUAAACAUACACUGUAGGAGUGUGUUGUUAUUGACUAAAGUUAAUUUUGACUUAAA